GUACCCGCGCUAGGAGAGGGCCGGAAGCGAGUGUCCUGUGGACGUCGGCAUCGAUCGUCGCCUUCCAUUUAUGACGGAAGGGAACAACGAAGGAGGAAGAAGGCGAAGAUGGCGACCAUCGGCAGAGUUCUCAGGAGGGCCUUUGUGACACCGAGGAGUGGCUGCUCUGCAACACUCUUGGAGGUGUUGGGGUCGGAAAAAGUUCAUGCAAGGAGAUGGUAUUCGUCGCCGUCCCCGUCGCCGUCACCACCCAGGUCUCCGCCGCAAUGCGCGACCAUGGAGGCGUUCUGGAUGAAGGAUUACUUCGACUACAGGAGGUCCGUCUGUGGAGAAGUCACCCACAGGGCGCUUCUCGUCGACAUCGUCGGCACCCUCAUCGUGCCGUCUCAGCCGACGGCUCAAAUUUACCGGAGCUUUGGCCAGAAAUAUGGGGUGAAGUACUCAGAAGAUGAGAUUCUUAAGCGGUAUAGAUGGGCGUACGGGCAACCAUGGGGCGGAUCGCGACUCAGGUAUGUAGCUGAUGGGAGACCAUUUUGGCAGUACAUAGUCAGAUCUUCCACUGGUUGUUCAGAUUCUCAGUACUUUGAGGAACUUUAUGAAUAUUAUACCACAGAUAAGGCAUGGCGUCUAUGUGAUCCUGAUGCAGAAAAAAUACUGAAAGCCAUAAGAAGAGCUGGGGUAAAAUUAGCUGUUGUUUCAAACUUUGAUACAAGGUUGCGCCCACUUUUGCAAGCAUUGAAGUGUGAUGAGUGGUUUGAUGCUGUGGCUGUGUCUGCUGAGGUUGAAGCUGAGAAACCAAACCCAACUAUAUUUUUGAAGGCAUGUGAAUUGCUUGGGGUAAAACCUGAAGAUGCAGUGCAUGUAGGUGAUGACCGCAGGAAUGACAUAUGGGGUGCCAGAGAUGCUGGUUGUGAUGCUUGGCUUUGGGGAAGUGAUGUCCACUCCUUCAGAGAGGUAGCUGAGAGGAUAGGAGUACAAGUCUGACAAUGGCCUCUUGAGAUUUUCGGUUGUAAAUUUUUGCUUGUUAUGUCCAUUAGGUAAAGGCUAGAGAGUAACAUAUGCUGUUGCCUGUAUAUAGUUGAAAAUGUGGACUGGUGAAAGUGGUCUAUUUAAAGAGUUACAGCUUCCAUAUGCAUGUGUACUCGCCUUGUGCAAUAAUUGAAGGUGCUUCACAUCUUUUCCACUGGUCAGCGAUCGUUUCAUCAAGUGCAACAUGAAAAAAGAACUCACGGAUGUUGAAGACUGUCUAGAGUGACCAAACCUAUAGCAGGAUCUCAUAGCAAUGGAUCUCAUAAUAAUAUGUUACUGUUUUAUGUAUGUGUCUCAAAAAAUAGGGUAAAAUUAUGGAAACUUUUUAAGUGUCUAUUAAAUGUAAAUGUAACUUAUUUUUGGUUAGAUGCAUAGACCAGGAACAUAAUGUUACUGUUUCCAAACAGUCUCAUAAGUUUUAUCUCCUCAAAUUGUUCAUUUUCUUGGA